UUGUGUUUUUUUAAACAGUGUGUCUAAAAUUCAACAUACCAGAAAGCAGACAGCCAGACAUUAAGGUGUAUGACCAGUCUGACACAGAAGUUGACUCAGAUGUUUUUGAAGAAAUAGUGAAGGAGUCACCUGGAACUUUCAGAAUCAUGCUGGGCAAUGGACUUGGUAUUCAUUCAGACAAUUCACAAAUUAGUUUGUUUAGUUUAAAGAAUGAGAACAUUUAUUGUCUUAAAAAUAACAGUUUCUUGUAAUAUGUUUCUAUGUUUUGCACAAAUUUCAUAAUGAACAGAUACUUCUCAAUCAUCAUCAUGCUCGGGUACAUCUGAUGACACCGUCAUUCUGAAUUUCACUGUGUGACCAUGUUGAAGAAGUAGCCGCUUGCGAAGGAAGCCAGCCUAAAAGGCCAUGCCACAUAAACUAUGAGGCAAAAGCGUUGAUUGAAAAAAUCCUAACAUCAAAGCCUGGUGGUGAACGCAUUAUGCAAGAGUAUGGAAAAACCAAAUCUCUGACAGAUGCCACCAGAAGACAGAUGAUUAACAUACUUGCUGCUGAGAUGACAGAAACACAUGGGACAUCCCCCCCCAAAAGUGUCAGAGUGACGUAUGCACAGGGGAUAGUAGCUUUGUUUCCCUAUCUAGAAGACCCAUACUCACAGCAUGGAUAUGAACAUUACUACGAUCCGGAGAGUGGUUCGGGAUACCUUGCAUGGCGAUUGAAGACCAUACAAAGAAAAACAGCAGAGGAAAGAGGUGCCUCAGUCAGCAAAUCUCCUAAAGUUGGUGGGCCAGGCCGUGGUCGUCAGCCCUUCACCUAUGACAGAGAGCCAUCUGAUGAGGAUGUGGAAGCAGCUAUUGCUGUUUUGAGACACUCUGCCGAUGAAAACACUGUCCGUGAGAAGAUGAAAAUGACCUUCACAUAUCGGCAAGUAAUGGUCAACGAUGAAGCCAAAUCAUCAGAUGUCUUCUUGGUCUUCCCAAGAUUUCUGGACACACCAGGACUGAUAGAACAAGAUUUCAGACUUCUGUUUGGUGAGGCCACGGCCAACAAAUUCUUGGAGAAGUGGUCAACCACUUUCAAAGCAAAAGUUGGAACCAGUGUGCAGCAGCAUCUAGACAACAUCACCCAAAGCAGUCAGCCCUACCUUCUCGCCCAGGGAUCCACACAGAGCAGCAUUCACUCCUACUUCAUUGUGGUUGACAAGCAUGCAGUUCCAUGCAAGGCAACAGGUUCAGUAGGAGCUUUUGACGAAGUCUUUAAAGCCCAUUACGUCUUUGGUACGUCAUACAGUUCUUCCUUGAGCAGCUUUUUCACAUUUGUGCAAACAACCAUCUAUAACAUCGACAUGGGGGAAACAAAGGAGACUCCUAGAGUUGCAGAGUUGCGAGCAAGAAUGGUGCGUUGA